UUCGCGUGUAUCAAUUGCUAAAGUAUUCCUUAGGCAGCAUGGAGAAUGAAAUCGCCUGAUAACGCCGAUUUGCUUAAAAGGUGCAAUGGGAUAAAUGUCAUUACGAUUUUGAUAUUGGAAUUCAGAUAAUAGAACGGAAAUUAAUAAUUAGAUUAUUUCAAAUAUUUUACUCACAUUUUAACACGUCUGUUAUAUAAGGUACAACGAAUAUUAAUUUAAAGCAGGAAAGAACAACCACACGUCGUAAAACUUUAUCAUAAAGUAGAAAAGGUGGAAUUAAAGUUUAGAAAUGGUGGCAGUACGUAUUGCGACUUUUCUUCAGACGUUCAGCAAGUAUUCCCAGAUUGCUAUAUUACUAGUACAUAUGCCCUCUAUACUCGGAUUGCCAUACCUCAACGAUGGGAGCAGCAUUCAACAGUUCUACAGUGAUGGCGUCUUAAACGGUGAUACUGACAUAUCCGAUCGACUGUUUCCUACGUACAAUGAUCAACAGAAUGUGUUCGAUGCAUACGGACAAACGUUAGGGGAUAACAUGAAAUGGCCUUUGGACUCGAAUGAGGUGGAAAAUGAAAUCGUGUUACAACUGGUUGCCUCUAAUCAGAAUAAAAACGAUUACAAACGCAGUGUUAAUCGUGAUGUCUUAGGCAAACUCGUUGGCGCACGGGCAAAGAGAUUUGGAUAUUCGUACCACCCAUAUCUUAUAUCCCCUAGGCCGAUGUCUCGUGCACGGAAUUGGAAUGAACCUUCGAAAUUAUGGAUGACAUCUAGUGACAACGAUUUUGCCAAGGUAAAACGACGGUUUGCUUUCUCGGCUCUGAGAGGAAGAUAGAUUGUCUUUCAUCGGGCGGGAACACCGUCGUUGCACACUACAGAUGGCUCGAUGAUUUUCACGCAAAGCAAAUGUACAACUGACAAAACAUUUCAAAACGAUCAUGUGCCCUAACUUGUGAUUACAUUAAUGUUUUGUACAUCAUCACGUGAUUCCCACCAAAUAAUGUUAAGCAAAAAUUACAAUGUUCAAGAAGACAAUCAUAUAUCUUUGUUGGCUUUAUUCCGCUUCGAAUACUUUAUCUAAAUGUAAUCGUUCUAAACAAGAGAUACAAACUAUUUUUUGGUUGUCUUGCUACCGAAUGGACCAAUUUAAUGUGUAUGUUAAAAGUAGUUGAAGUCGACUAUGUAAGUAUAAAAACAAAAACCAUU